CUCAAUGACGUCAACGACACGUGUGUGCACAUGCCGUGCAGCGCACGAGCAGCAGAUGACCAAAGCCAUGUCAUCGCCCCAAACACCACACCACACCACAACACAGCACAACACAACAUCAAACACACACAGCAUAACUUCAAACACACACGCGCACCGCAACACACCAAACCACCCCCGCCAUCGAACACAAGCACGAGCGGGGUGUCUGCUAUUUUUAAACCACGUGACGUGGUGGCCAUCUCUUACUCAUCGCGACACGACCUCCCUGCUCGAUCAUCACACAGUUGACCACGCCGCUGGCAUCGCCGUCCAGCUCGUUCCAUGAACCAAAGAUGCUCCCGCGAAACCAGAGCUCGCUCAUGCUCUCUGCGCGCACGCAGCGCUCCCUGAGCGGAUUCGGAUACAUGGACGUUGGCCUGCCACCAGCCAGCCCCAGCGACAACGAGUGGCUCGAAGAGGAUCAGUCGGUCACCGUGUUUUUGAUUGCAGCAUACUCAAAAUACUCCUGUCCUUACGUUUGGGUACGGACGAACCACGAGAGGUUGGUGAAGUUAACGGGGGACGCACCCGAGGAAAAGGACAAUCCGCUCAAGCUUCGCACAACCACAACUUGGGCAUCAGAAGAUGUCAAGCUGUGGGACAUCGUCACGGAGUUGAUUGAGGUGUGCGCCGUUCCUGUUCCGACAAACCCAUUUGCCGUCGACUUUAGCUUUUUCGAAUGUUUACCGACGGGCGAAGCCGUGGUCGCAUCUGGCGCGAUGAUCCACUUGCUGCAGCGGCUCUUGCAAAGUCAUACGCCUCGAUAUCACAGCAGCAUUGUGCGUGAUUUGCAGAAUCUUCUCAAGCUGCACUUUGAGCAGCUGUUGGUGCACCAUCGGACCGAGUGCCGACAACUGCGCCCGCGCAUGACGACGCUCGAGGACCUCAUUCCAACAGAGGGCUCUGCCACCAACGAAUAAGCUAGUCAUUGUUUGCUCUGUGUGUGUGUGUGUGUGUGUGUGUG